CCCGCGUGUGACGACCGGCUGUCAAGCUUAGUAGAUAGAUAGUCCAGAGGAGAGGGGGCUCUGAGAAGUGGAGACAUUUCGUUCAGUAACAGUGGCAGAUGAAUUCGAAUGAAGAGAGGGACCAAAAUCCUAUGUAUGAGAUGGUUUAUGUGAUACCCGCCUGAGACAGUAGGUUAGAUAAAUUUACAUACUUCCAUAUUUCCCUUUCUAUCAUAGCGUUGAGAAAAGCAGAUUAUCUGAUUGUUUCUCUUAGAUUAUCAGAUCCGAGUCUUACCGAGAUCAAUCUGGCCGGUUGCGGAACACGAUGAAAAAUAGAUCAGUGCUAGGCCUAACUAGGCUAGCGUACAAGGCUAAAAGAGUCGUGGCGGCCAUCAGCCAAUAAAAUCAGGUGGCAUCUUACUUAAUUAGGAAUGGCGCAUCGUGCGGGUGACUGCUCCCGGCCCUUGUGACAGAUCUUAUCAUUAUCUGAUCAUCUGGCGUCGCAUCGGCUGCCCAUGGCUUGCUUUAGCCGCCUCCCGACUUCCCGAACGGUCUCCUGUCUGCUUGCUGACGCUGCGGUUUGCUCGCUCUCCCAAACAAAAUCCAGCCUAUGUCCUGUCCUGUGUGUCCGUCUCUACGCAGUCUAUCUCAUUAUUGGCCGGCUAACGUGUUAACUCACAAGCCAGUUACACGUCACAGUUGAGAGACGCUGGGCUAGCUCGUACCCUGCUAAUGGCUGGCAUGGUCUCAAUUUUGAGUCCGACUGAUUCUUGCUGCCACCCUCCUUGCACGCUGUUACGCAUGCCUAUUCUGCUCUGUUGAUGAAUUUGUUUAGAUCGGCGAGAUCUGCUUGAAAAUAUUUUCCUUCUUUCUUUUUCUCUUUCCAGCCUCUUUUAUUCUGAUUCUGUUCUCGUUUUGCUGUGAUUCUGCAGCACCCUUUUUUCCCGCAUUUUGCUCGGAACAACGGCACCCCAAAACAUCAAGCUUGUAAAACGGAUCAUAUUGCCUUGAUAAACAGCAACAUAAGUCUUCAUCUCGUGGCUAUUUAAGAUUUUUUCUCAACGGUCACUCUUCCAUACCGAUCCUCGUUGUUUCGCAAUACCCUGGUCUUUAACAGAUUGAAAUGGUUGUUACGGAUUAACGAACGGACUCCCGAACUUCCUACCCCUCCCUCCCGCUGCAAAUAACGAAUACUACCUUGCGCACCCUUCCUAACUACAACCCAUUUUCUCUCUCAUCUUACUUUCCAAUCUGGCGUCGCGAUUAGGGAAUCCGCUAUCUCCCAACGGAUCCCAUGCCCCGCUCUAUGGGUCAACAGCUGACCUCGGCCAAGUCUUACGGCGCAUGCGAAUCCCAACCUACAAUGGAAACAGAGGACGAGGAUGCGAGUCUGCUAUACGCAGAGCCUAUGCAAGUACCAGAAGACGACGAUGAUGGGGAUGCUACCGAUUGCGAUGGCCAUGGUGGCCGAAGUCCUGGUGAGGGAUAUUCUUCCUCGUCAUCGGAUUCUGUACAAGAGGGCGUACGCAAGAUUGAGGCCAUUAGCAAAACGUGGACGCAGAAGUCAUUGAUAAUUGCAUAUAUUGGGAUCUUUUUGAUGGCAUUCUCAACCUCCCUAGAAGGCCAGACAGUUUUAUCUCUGUCGGCCUAUGCCACGAGUUCCUUCAGCAAGCAUUCUUUAAUAUCAACAGUUUUGGUUGUCCAGAAUGUAGUUAACGCUGUUGUUAAACCUCCGAUGGCGAAAGUUGCAGAUGUAUUCGGGCGAUUCGAAGCAUUUUGCAUAGCCAUUUCAAUAUACGUCCUUGGAUAUGCCCAAAUGGCAGCAUCAACAAAUGUACAGGCGUAUGCAUCGGCACAGCUAUUUUACUCCGCUGGCUCAACAGGGUUGCAAAUCCUCCAGCAGGUCUUCAUUGCGGAUAGCAGCUCUUUACUUAACCGAGCGCUUUUCUCCAGCUUGCCUGAUCUACCAUUCUUGGCUACCGUGUGGAUAGGGCCAAUGAUCGCGGCUGCCAUCCUCCGCGAAACUUCCUGGCGUUGGGGAUAUGGGAUGUGGACAAUUAUCCUGCCCGCGGCAUUUCUUCCUUUGGCCUUGUCUCUUUUCCUGAACCAGAAGAAGGCUAGAAGAUUAAAGCUUCUCAAACCCAGGCCUUGGAAAGGACAUAGUUUUUCUACUAUAGUCAAAAAGACUUGGUACGACCUCGACGUUUUUGGUUUAUUACUACUCUCAGCGGGGGUAGCUCUCAUUUUGGUUCCCCUAACGUUGGCGGCAAAUGCGAAAGACACAUGGAAAAACAGCAGUAUCAUUACCAUGAUAGUCAUUGGAGGAGUUUGUCUUAUUGUAUUCCCCUUCUGGGAAACCUCGAAGCGGCUGGCUCCGCACCCUCUUCUCUCACUUCACCUCCUCAAGCAGAGAACAGCUCUUGCCGGCUGUGCCCUUGCUUUCUUCUAUUUUAUGGCGUUUUAUUGCUCUGUGCAGCCUUAUCUCUACUCCUACCUUCAAGUUGUCCAAGGUCAAUCCGUCACUACAGCCGGUCGAGUAACGCAAACCUUCUCGUUUACAUCAACAAUAUCUGCCGUAUCCGUUUCGUUUUUCAUAAAAGCAACAAGACGAUACCGUGGUUUCAUCACCGCAGGUUGCUGCAUCUACAUAACUGGCCUUGUCCUCAUGCUCUUCUUUAAUAAAGAAGGCGCCUCCACUCUGGCCACCUUUAUCAUCCAAACCGUCAUCGGACUAGGUGCAGGCCUCCUCAACGUUCCCGUCCAACUAGGUGUCCAGGCAUCUGCAAGCCAUCAAGAAGUGGCUGCAGCCACGGCCAUGUUCCUCACAUCGCUAGAAAUGGGUGGCGCAGUGGGAUCAGCCAUUUCGGGGGCCGUGUGGACUAGCGCUAUUCCGAAGAAAUUGGCCCUGUACCUCCCCGCUGAGAGCCAGGGGGAUGCAAAGGAGAUCUUCGGCAAACUUACCAAGGCGCUUUCGUAUCCGCUGGGUUCAGCAACAAGGAUCGCUAUCAACCGUGCCUACGACGAGACGUUCCGCAGAAUUCUGACGAUUGCUGUUUGUAUAACUAUUCCACUUAUUCCCCUCAGUUUGCUCAUGGUGGACUACAAGUUGGAUAAGAUGGACUCUCACGUAAAAAGCGAAGCACUGAGGCAUAACGACGAAGGGGAUGGGCUGAUCUCUCAUCGGACGUACUCUCAAAGGCCCGGUUCCAGCUCGCGUCGAACGUAGUAUUUAUCAUGAAAAUUGCUAGAAACUUGGCUACAUUCACGACAAACGCGCCGAACAUGUCAUCUACAAAAUACGCCUCUUUUUACUAUGUUCACAAAACGCGCACCCACACCUCUCACUCGUAUAUAUAUCUAGCAAUGCCCUUGCUAGAACGAAUAACGAAUAACGACAAAUCCAUAAGUGCAUCUGGGGCUUCUUAAUAUUUUCUCUUUGCACUUAUCAGAUUUUUACCAUGCCAUAUACACCCAUACUCUAUCAAACCUACUAUCAAACAACUUCUGGCCCAUCUUACUCAUUUACACACCAAAACUUAACAUUGUUGAAUGUUGAGUGUUUCGUGCUUGGGUUUUAACUUCUAUUUUUUCUAAUGAUGAUAAAACUGUAUGAUCAUGAAAGAUAUCUAGAUAUCCUUCAGGGUGUCCAUUCUCCACUUUCUUUCACUUGGUUUACACAUUUAGGAUCUUUUUAUGUAUAAACUACCGGUAUAUAGAUGACAGAAUAAAGGAGGGACUUUUUACCUGAACAAAAAACCAGGACUCUUGAACCUAGAAGAGCAUAAUUUUCUGAAUAAUGCAUUUCUUCGCUGGUCUAUCAACUCUGGCAUGAGGUUGCUCAGGGAAGGUAUAUUAUGUAGAUGUAGAAUAUUGAAAGAAGAUUGGUAGAUAUCAGAAGAGAUUAACCUGUCAAAAUAUAUAAUCAAUUGACCAUGUCUUGGGAAAUGAAAUCUGAGGCUGACGACGGGUUGUGGAAACCCUAUGAUAGGCUCCAUCUUCCAUUUUAUGAAUGGUAAAUGUGCAUUCUGUGGUUGUAUCAUUGAUGAAGAUUUCAUCUAUCUCUAUAGGAGUUGUAUAAUACAGUAUAUACUUUAAUAUUGCCCUUUAAGUGGGAUUGAGAGGAGAUGCCAAAAAUAUGUAAAUGAUUAGGCCGGGCUGUUAGUUGUUCACUACUUCUUCAAACCCCUUCCUUUAUGAUCCAGUCGAACGUUUCCUUGAUUCCCAUUAUAUCCUUUCGCCCUAUCAGAUGAGAGGAUUAAUGAAAGAUUGGCCGAAGAUCCUCUUUCCCCUGUUACACUCUGCUAAACACGAUGGGCUGCAUAUUUCCGUCAGGAAACAAAUUCUUCUUCUUGUUGUUCUUCUUCCUCUGUCUCUCCUGUAUCCCUAUUCCCCCCUUGGAAGCCAGGACACUCUCCUCCUCAAACCAUACGCCCUCAUCUAAUGAUGUUUCAUAUUCCAGAUAUAUCCUGGCCGUUACCUGGCGCAUAAUAGCCCACGCGACGCUAUUUUGAAUACCCGGCAAAUCAAGAGUUAGUCUUGAAUCAUUAAUAGAUAGGUAUAAUAUAAAAAAC